UCUUUUUUAUCUUUUUAAAUUCGAUGAUAAUAAUGUGAUAUUUUAAAAUAUCUGCACUUAACAGUUCUUUCGACGUGUAUUACAUGUAGCAUUCAGAAAUGCGUCUGUAGGGAUGACAUUAAAAAACAUAAGAUGGACAAUCAGCGCUGCAGGCGUGGAACAAUUAUAACGUUUACUUUGUGGGCGCUUACAAUUGUUCUUUAUGCUAUUACAAUAGCAAUUAUUUCGAUCAACACUAAUGAAAGCAAUGCUGAUGCGAACAGGCAGUCUUCUGACGUCAACACAACAGAUGAGACAGCGGUAUUAUCUCAGCGCAUUACUGCAGUAUUCUUUUAUACAACCACGAUCGUACUACUUGUUUGUUUCACGUCAAGUUGUCUAUUUUUGCAUCUCAAAAUAUGCAACAGGGGAAACGACAAUCAGUCAUUUAAAAGAAACAGAACAAGGCACUGCAAUGAAGACACUGGAGAUGUUGAAUCGGAAGCCAUGAAUUUUCCUGAUCGUGUAACAGAGGGAAUUGAGAUAACUGGCAUAUCGAACGAUAUUGUUGAAAGUGUACCUCACCUAGGCAAUGAAAACGACGAUUGUUUUCUUAUAGGAAACAGAGUAAGUUACAUUGAUGAUGAGGAACUAGAAGCCUCAAAAUCUAAAUUAAAGCGGUGUAGCACAGAUAACAGCAAUAUCGUUUUCAAUUCUAAAAGAUAUGAGGGACAACUCAUAUCUGACAAGUCAAACUUUGUUAAAGACCAACAUGAGUCUGUCCAAAAGCAUUCUAUUCAAUAUAGUCUCGUAUUGAACGCAGCGAGUUUGCCUCAAGACGACUUAGUCUCAAAAACACAUACUGAAUUGAUGAAAAAUACUAGCAGUCCGCCUUGGUCAAUCCAACAAUCGAACACGAAUAAUGAUUAUAAUGCUUACAGUUAUCCUAAGUUCAUUUCUACAGAACGUAGUUAUACAAAACUAAAUGAAAAUGAACUUGCCCGAAGAACAACUGGCAAUCAGUCUUCGUAUGCUAGCAAUCAGUCGAAGAUGACUCCACCAGAAUGUUGUAAACACAGUGUAGACGGAGAUGAAACAGGGUCAAGACUAACGACUCAAAAGAUAUCCAGUAUUAACAACACGCCUUUGUCUGAACCUAGAAUUCAGUGUAAAGAAAACUUAAGUGACUUGAAUUAUAAUGUAAAAGUGUCAAUUGUUAAACCGUUAACAUCUGCAGAUGAAAAAACUUCUCCGACAGAGCAAAACGCAGCACAAAAAGACAUCGAUGUCAAGACUCGUUUGGACUGGGACAAAGUGUUCAGAUUUCUUGUUCAGAAUUUACCAGCUAUGGACUACAAACUUUUCUUUAUUAGCUUAUUUGGAGAGGCACCUUCUCACCUUCCUAAAGAAAUGGAUGUUUCUGCAAAAAUUAGUCAGAUAGAAUGCGAUGUAAAAGCAAAGUCUGGAGGAACAUCAUGUCUGAUAUUUGAGUUGUUUAAGUCAUGGAAACAGAUUCUUGGAACACAAGCCGAUACAACACUGAUUGAAAAUGCUUUAUCAGAGAUGCAGUACAAUGAUAUAUGGAGUCGGUUCAGAGAUUUUAUGAGAGAACCACCGUUAUUGCCAUUAAAGCUCGAAACAACAAAAACAUCAUAUGAAUAUCCGGAAAAACGUCUUGAUCAAACAAUGUUUUUCAACACUCCAAUGCAACAGGAGUCCCACGUAUUGGCGCUACAUGAUACAGUCCAAGCACAGCUAUGCAUUGGCUGUAGAUCAAACUUCCGCUUACAGACACAUGAGGAAAAUAGAAUUGCACUGGUAUGUCAUAACAAAAGAAACCAGUUAAUGAUAGAAGACACACCUGGCACAUCUGGACAAUGUGCAUAUAAUGUAUCAGAGUCAUUGCAAGUUAACGAAAGGAGAAAACGUCAAUGGGCAGAUACUUUUUCAUCUGAAUCGGAAAGUGAUGGCAGGGUAUGUAAGUACACUAGAACGGACGAGUAUUCGCCCUUUUUGUUCCAACGUUCCAAUGGAGAACGAAAGGAAACUAGAGAUGAACAAUCUAAACAAAAGAAAACAUCUGUCCCUUGGGAAAUAGUUGAUGAAAAUUUUAUCAUAAAUCUUAUCAAGAGAUUUCUUCCACUUGGGUGUCAAAUGCUGACGGCGGGUGAAUACAGAUUGUUUAUGCACCACACGAUAUCCGUUAUCAUGCAAAAGACAAGCGAAUCGGAAGAUGUCGUUACAUCCAUACAAAUCGAUGACUUUGAGGACAUGAAAGAAAUGAAAACUAAACGUGGGCAUGUAAGCUAUAGCAUUGAUACGGAAAAAGCUUUACUUACUCUCGGUCAAGAAGAAUGGGAUUGUCUCAGACUGUAUACCAAGUAUGCCCGAGAAAGUGUUCUGAAAAGACUUAAAAUGGACGAAAGUAAAUUGGCAAGCACUAGAUAUCUUUUCUUAGAAUUUGAUGGUCAUGCGGUUAUUGAAAAAAAUAUUAUAAAUGAAGCCAUCAGUUUGAAGGAAGAUGUUUCGAUUUCCAUGAAAGAAACCGCUCAAGACAACUCCGCUAAGACAGAGCAGGUGAACACAUGAUUGUUUAGUGAAAGGAAAGGAAAUGGAACAACGCUACAGAAAUUCAUAAAACUACCUGUUUAAGUUGGACAUAUAAUAACCGAAUGACUUGCACAAUAACUACAUUUGCAAUUUUUAUUUUAACUAAUUAGACUCACAUUUGUUUCUAUUCCCAAGUGACGUUACAUUAACAUGAUGCCUAAAUGUUCGUUUAUGUCUAAAGAUGGUUUCAACAACGAAAAUGAUUUUGAUAUGUUUAGAAUUUGUAUAAAUACUUUACAUAUGUAAGUUUCUUAAAGCAGAACUAGAACUGUACUUACUGAUGUUUCAGUUCUUGAUAUAUCAUAUUCAGGUAAAGUAUUUUUAAAAAUGUGCUUUAACAUUACUAUAUAAGUAUUAAAAGUAGUCAAAACUACAAAAACUUUUUAAAACAAGUCACUUUAUUUUUAACCAAGGUUUCGGCUACAUUAGCCUUCUUCAGGGUUCAAAAUAAACAUAACAAAGGAAGUGACGUCAACGUCAAACGACGUCGAUGACGACAACGUCAAAAUUAAACAAAGAGUUUGGCGUAAAAAUCAUAAACAGGAUCAUAGUAUGAUACAUAAAUACUGGUGAAAAAAUGCAGUAUAAGUGCAAUGAUUAAGGAAUGGCACCAGUAAAAACUGAUUAUGGAAUACAUACAAGAAAUAAAAUAUACGUAUAUAACAAGUAUUUCAGAAAGGCAUUAAUACAGAAUUUUUGAAUUCAUUCCUUGUGGAGACAUUACUGUAAUUCAUUUCGGGUUGAUUCCUACAUACAACUCAGUAUUGUUAUAUUUAAUUUAUCUGAUCCUUCGGAAAGGUUAAAUAUAACAUAGGCAGUGUAACUAAAAUUCAAACUUCAAGUAGGAAGUAUCUAUUUUACAUAUAUGUGUAGCUAACUGCAUCAAAGUAUGUAGCCUGAAAAAAAUAUUUCAGAUAUCAUUUUCGGAAAAAAGCUAUUUGAGCUGAAAAAAAAAAUGAUCCCGGGUAAAAUAUUUGGAAAAAAUGGAGACAACUCCACUAUGACUUUACUGUAGGCUUAGGUGGCUAUUGACCAAGUACCCCAUGCAAACUAUGCACAUUUUACCUCAACGCAGGGAAGAAGUAUGCAUAAUUAUGUAUAAUUGCCACAAGGAUUAACAAUCUGAAUAGAAAACUGUGUAAAGAUCAAAUAAGUUAAUGCCCUGGGGAAAGUGUGACAUUUUCUGUGGUCAAAUUUGUCAACAAAUAGACGAUUAUUUUAAAAAAAGUCAAAACCUACACAAGGUGAAAUAUGUAGAAAAGGCUACUGCUGGAAAGAGAACAAUCUCUACUAUCCAUAUAUAUGCGUCAAAGUAUGGAAAAAGCAUCUAGAAAUAUGAGAAUAUCGAAGAAAUCAAUUUCAGGACUGUUCGAUGCAUGACUCAUUAAAAGAGUCCAGCUCAACCUGGGAGUAGAGGGCAUGGACGGUAGCAUGCAUUACCACUACCGUCCAUGAACAGGCUCAGUCUAACCGAACCUGCAACAUAUUCAUUUAUGUCGUGUUUACGAUUGCCAUUUUUGCAAAAGCUUUUUUGACAGUUUUUCAAAGGUCAUUUGAUAGCAAGGAAUACAACGAAGAAAAUAACAGAACAAUUUCAUUUAGUCUGUUUAUCUGAGGCACUGCGGCAUCCUAUGCCUCCCAUGCUCUCUAGAAAAGACUUAAUGCAGAAAAUAUUGAAUGCACGUUUAGAUCACAAUGGGCCAGGAAAUCGGAAAGAUUUAAAUCAUUUGCUUUACAAACUGCUUAUGGCUGAGCGUUGUAUUUCAUGACCUUAGAGGGUUAAUAUUCAACGAUAUUAAGACAGUGACCAUUUACAUGCAUUUUUAUGUAAGUAUCCCUUACGGCAUUUCUUUAAAAAAAAAUGAUCUGGUUAUGCAAACUCUGUAACGGUUGUUUCUUUUUUAGGAAAAUUGGACUACCCGCAGUUGUUUUAAAAGUUCUUGUAAUAUUUCUUCAGUUAAGCCACAAAACUUGACAGGUGAUAAACUUGACAAUGCCUCUGCUUUAUGUAAACCGGAGACUACAGCCGCUUUCAUUCAUACGGUUUCAAGUGAACAUUCUAAUUUUGGAAAUGUUGUUUUGAGCACAUAUAUAAAUUUUCGUGGAUAUGAUAAAAAACGUCUAUCAAGAACGGCAAUCUAAGGACUCGCCCUUUGCCCAAUGCAAUCUUUACGGUAUCCUAUAAAAUUUUGACACAUGUGCGUUCAAGUCUACAUACAUGUAUCUCUUUUGCCCGUAUAUUUCAAAAUGUUAUUCAUCAACCUUACAAGUUUUGGCAUGUUUUUUUUACAAAAGUAAUGUAGAAAAUGAAGAAUAUGCCUUAUAAAACGAAAAAUUUAUUAUGUUUUCAAUUUACUGUAAACGUAUUUUCAGUAAUUUGAAUCCUUUCGAAACAGUAUUUCAGUCAAGUUCUGUUAGCGGUCAGGCAUUGGUCUUAUUGCAUUCGUCUAUUUUUAGUUCGAGAUUAGCACAUUGUACGUGACGGAAACCCUUUUUGGGGAAUUUACAAACUUGAAAGACUAUCGUUCAGCAAAAACAAAUAAUAUCACAAAGGUCAUCUUCUCAACAACGCAAUUUUCUGGUACUUGACUAAUAUAAUCCAAAUACUGGAACAUUUUUUACACAUAAAGAGUAACAUACAGUAAAAUUUAUUCACAGAAUCAUAAUUCCCCUGGAAUAGAAGGUCCACUACUCGAUAUUUGUAUAUAACGGAUAUUUUUGCCAGAUCUGACCCAUUCUAAACAGCUGUUUCCAGGAAAGCAUGACUCUUUCAGAGUAGGCCCUAUUGCAAACAUUGGAAACAAAUAAUUAUGGAAAUAUAUAAUGGGAGUUAACCGUGUAAAAGAAAAACACUUUUGAUAUAAAAACUAUCAGAUGGGAAAAUUGUUCGCAAAGUUAGCCUAUGAAGGUUUCCAUUAAUUUUAAACAAGAAAUUUUAUCCCCAUAGAGGGAGGUGGGGAGUAAUUUUAUUGCCUUGUGCAAUUUAAAGGGUUGAGCGCAUUAGAAUAUAUAUGCAACCAUUAUAUGAA